CCACGAGACUGGCACGUUAUUCAAACAAGGCCCAUCGACAGUGGGACGCAAAAGAUCAACGGUCCAGAUUACCGAAUUGUGGCCCCCAAUUGCCAGAAUUGGAAACCCGUGCAUCCGGUGCAGAGCCUCGGGCCAUCGAAGUUGCAACUCGUCUCCGUCUAUAACGACGCCCCGUAUUGUUGGCGGGAAUUCCAGAAAGAUCGAAGUCCUUUCAUCCCUUCAAAAGCUGUGCUGAAAAACCCUCAAACCCUACCAUUUCCAUUCCCCAUCUUCGAUUUUUCGCCCACGGUUCAUCGUUACGGAUUCAAUCUCCCUCUAUCCGUUCGUUUUUUAGGGUUAGUAAAAAGAUCUCCAAUUCCAGAGAUGGAAGAACAUAUACGGGAAUCCGACGGGAAUUCGAUUUCGAUGCCGUCAACGUCGUCGCCUCUUGGUCGUGUUGUGAACACACUGCUCAGUUCUCGCUCCCGGCAGCUCGAAGCUGCCGUCUCUCGGUUCGGCUCUAGUUCGCAGAGAAGUUCUGGAGCCUUACUGGAUGAUUCCCUCUGUUAUCUUCAAAAUUACGUAAGGGACGCUGUGGAGAAGAGGGAGCCAUUGGAUCAAAUUCUCAUUCCGAUGAUUGAACAUUCUUUGAAGUCAAAGGGUUCGAAGCAACACAAGCAAGUAUUGAUUCUUCUUAAUUGGCUCUUUCAAGAUGAUCUUCUCUUCAAAGCUGUUUCAAGUAAUCUCGCAGAAAUUAUUAUGAGAAAGGAGGACCACUACAUUUCCCUGGGAUGGUGCACGUUAGUGCGUAGCCUCAUAGAUCAUGAGCUAACCUCGAUUCAAUUUUCAGAUAUAGGUAAACAAGAAAAGCGCAAUACUUUAUUGAAGACUCUAUGCCAGUCAAUUUUUCAUCUUUCAUCCAUCAUACAUAAAGGAAGCACUCUGCAGGAUGGAUUUGAAUUGCCAACCCGCCUUUCUGUCGCUGCUGCUGAUUGCAUCUUAGUUCUCACUGAAGCCUUAACCAAAAAACCUCUGCCUUCUGAUGUUUCAAGCAGCAGAACAAAACCAUCUAACUCUAAUGCAACGAAUCGGCUAGUCACCUUGGUGCCUACUGACAGCCGUGAGAAGGAAAGGAGUUCAACUAGUAGACUACCACAAGGCUCAGAAAAUAUGGAAAUGGAUUUGUUGCUUUGGGAUCAUAUGGAGGAACUUACUACUCUUGUGCAGAAGCUCCAGGCUUGGAGCAGAAAAAGCCGACCUUUGCAUGCAAAGGGGCUGGAGCGAGUACUGAAGUGGUUGCAGCAUAUAAGAGGUUAUUAUGGUUCCCCUAAAGAUGAGGCAGGUGGUAAUCUGCUGAAGACUGGAGUAUUGCUGCUUUCUUCUUGUUGGAGGCAUUAUGUGAUGCUUUUGUUCUUAGAGGAUCGCAGAUCUUCUCAACGAUACAUAGAAAUGCUGGAUCAAUAUCUAUCUGCUAUCCAGUUUUACACUCAAGAUAACACUGAUGAGCAUCCUGGAAAAAUGAAUAGUGGUAUGGAGACUAGAAAGUUUUUCUUGAACUGCAUGUCCCUUCUUUGGGGACGCCUUGACGGUAACCAAUUUGAAAUUGCAAUGUCUGAAAGGGGACCACAGAUAUCAAAUCUCCUGUUAUCACAGCUUCAAUGUACUGAUGAAGAUGUGAUAGAGGGGGCAUUGAGCAUCUUAAGGGGUAUCAUCUUCAAGACGGGUUUUUCUUCAACUGGAAGCAAUCUUCUUGACUCUCAUCAGAUGGAAGCUGUGUUACCCUUAUUGCUAAACCUUCUAGAUGAAAGAGAUUCCGCUGCAAGAGCUGUGGUGUUUUUCUAUGCAGAAUAUUGCUCUCUAAAUCCAGAUUGUCAAUGCCUUCAAGAAAUUUUCAAACGCCUUGAUUUUGGAAAUCAGUGCCAGAGGAGGAAUGCCAUUGAUGUUAUUUCGGAAUUUAUCCGUAUUUAUUCAGAUUCAGGAAAAAUGCUUCCUCCAUCAGUAAGAAAAGAUAUUGCAGAACACUUGCUAGAUCGCCUUGGAGAUGAAGAAAUUGACAUUCGUGUGCAAGCAUCCAACUUAAUCCCAGAGAUAGGUCCUCAUUUUGUUUUGCCUGCAUUACUUCGCCUAGUGUACUCACCGGAUGAAAGAGUGCAGUCAUGUGCAAGUGAUGCAGUGGUUGCAGUGCUCAAACGUCAUAACCAGAAUUUUGAUGUGAUAACUAUGCUGCUCGACAGUCUCAGCAACCUCAGUCAGAACCCCAAUCUUUUCAAGACACCAGGGCAGAGAGAAGGUGCGCUACACAGUGGUUUGAUAUUACAAUCAGGUUCUAAAUUGGAUGCUGAUUUGGUACUAAGGCUGAUCCCAAAAUGGUCAGAAAGUGUACAAGAUUGGAGCAUAUUGAUUGAACCACUGAUUGAUAAGAUGUUUUCAGAUCCUUCAAAUGCAAUCAUUGUCCGAUUUCUUAGCUAUAUAAGUGAGCACUUGGCGGAAGCAGGGGAUGUGGUCCUCUAUCGUAUUCUCUUCCAUGCUCAAGGGCAGAAAGAGAUGGAUGAGAAUUUGCUUUCAAAAUGUGGUAAUAGAACCUUUACAAGUGAUGAUUCUGUUGAAUUAAAGGGUUCUCUAUUUAAUCGCCUUUGCCCUUUGCUCAUAAUCCGGCUGCUUCCAUUGAGAAUCUUUAAUGAUCUGAAUUCUUCUAUUAUGUAUGGUCAACUUCUCAAUCAAGAUGUGUUGCAUGAUAAUGGAAGUUUCAUGAUCAACAACUAUGACUGUGUUGCUGCUCUUUUGAUAAACAGGGCAUUUAAUUUGUUUGAAUUUGAAGAUGUUCGUAAGCUUGCAGCUGAGCUUUGUGGGCGUCUUCAUCCCCAAGUGCUCCUUCCCAUUAUUGGAUCUCUUCUAGACAAUGCUGCACAUGGACGAGAUAUACAGAAGCUGAAGACAUGCUUAUUUGCAAUUUGCACCUCGCUCGUGGUUAGGGGCGGGGAUUCAGCUUUGCACCAUGAUAUGGUCAAAAUUAGAAAAAUAUUGGAAAGGGUACUGUUGUUGUGGCCUUCUGCGGACAGUGAUGAAGUUUCCAAGGUGCAGCAUGGAUGUAUCGAUUGUCUAGCAUUGAUGAUUUGUGCCGAAUUACAAGCCCCAGGAUCAUCGAAAGAUUUGACCCAGAGCGAGGUCAGGAUUGUAGGAGAGCAGAUGAAUUGUCCUGGCAAUGGCGCUGUGAUGAGCUCAGUCCUCACUUAUGUGAUGCAGAGAUUGAUAUGUGAUAAGAAUGCGAUUACCCUGACAGAUUCAGAUGAAAACGCAUGCCAUCGGGAGAGUCAGUCAGGCGAACAAACUCCAGAUUCAGUGCUAAUGAAGAGUGAAAGCCUGAUUGAGCCAUCUAUCCCACUUUCUUUUCGUCUAUGCAUGGCCAAUGUCCUUAUUAGUGCUUGCCAGAAGAUCUCAAGCUCAGGCAAGCAUGCAUUCGCUCGUAGAGCUCUUCCAGAGCUCAUUCGUACCGUUGAGGUAGUAGCAGACUCUGUAGUUAGAGCCGCAUGCCUGCAGGUUCUAUUUUCGGCUGUUUACCACCUCAAAUCCGCAGUUCUUCCGCAUUCUCCUGAUUUACUCAAGCUUUCAAUUAAAGCACUUAGAAAAGGAUCAGAGAAGGAGAGAGUGGCGGGUGCGAAGCUAAUGGCAUCCCUCAUGGCAAGUGAAGAUGUGAUCAUUGAGAGUAUAUCAUCUGGUCUAUUGGAAGCAAAAUCUGUUCUGGUAAGUAUCUCCUUGAAGGAUUCUUCACCAGAAUUACGACAGUUGUGUGAAAAGUUGCUGUCAUGUAUUACUCCUCCCUUAGACUAUAUCCUUGGUUCCAUUUAAGCAGCGACCCAUUCAGGUGUGCAUGGCAUCGACUCUGGACACUAGUGUACAGCUCUUCUUCUCUUGUAUAUUUCUGUGGUGGAACAAUGACGUUGGCUACAACACCUUUUUUUUUUAUAAAAAUAAAAAUAAUAAUACUUUUUCAUUUUUCACACGAAAGCAUGCGAAAUUGUUGUAGAAGUGGCUUCAGCUUCUCGGUUGAUCUACAACCCGUGGCAGAGCCCCUGCCAGAUGCAAUUCGCUUAAUAGUGGAAAGAUGUUUUCGUUUUACAUUUUCUUUCUUGGAAAGUGACUUUUAACCGGAUCUUGACCAAA